GUGGCGUCGUUGCUGUUGCUGCAGCUGCGGCCGGGGAGCGAGUGAGGGAGCUCGGUUGCAGGGGGCGCUGCUCUCGCCAACCCCCUCGAACGCAGCCGCUGCGGUCCCGCGGCGCAGCCAAGCCAAAAGCCGAGGAAGUCGAGCCAAGGCAGCGGCGGCGGCGGCUCCCCUCCUCUUCCUGGCUUUGCCAAGGUUGGGACAUCAUCCGCGGGGCGGAGGCAGGGCAGAGGCGCACACGUGUCGGCAGGGGAGGAGAAGCCGCGGCUAGAAAAGGCACCGCACGGCGCUCCCCGGGCUCCGAUGCAGGCAGCCCCGGCGGGGAUGCUCCAGCCUUAGACGGCGAGCCCGCUGCAGUCGCCGCCCCUCGCCUCGCCGGGUCGCUUUUCCGCCUCGCCCUCCCUCUUCCGACGUGGGACGCAGGCAGCCGGGACGGGAGGCGGCUGGUCCCGCUGAGCCGCCGGGCGGCCUCUUGGGGGGCGGCGUAUUUUUAACUCGGCUGGGCCGCUGAAGUGCCGCCGUCGCCGGCUUGGAGAGUUGCAGCUUGGAGAGUUGCAGCCCGUCCCCUCGCAGGAUGAACGGCCGGGGGGCCCCCUUUCCCUCCAGAGGUUCCCCGGCUCGCUCUGCUUCGCCUCCAGUCGUCGUCUCCGCCUCCAGCGGGAUCCCCGACGGGGCCAGCUUAGAAGACCGAGGUUGGUAAAGCUCCCCAGAGGGGCGUUCGCGGGCGGGAGUUCCUCGGACCUCGAGCGAUGGGGGGCAACCUGGGGUGCCACCGCUCCAUCCCCCGGGACCCCUCGGACUUGUGCCACCACAGCCGCAAGUUCAGCGCGGCUUGCAACUUCAGCAACAUCCUGGUCAACCAGGAGAGGCUGAACAUCAACACGGCCACCGAGGAGGAGCUCAUGACCCUCCCGGGGGUCACCCGCACCGUGGCCCAGAACAUCGUGGAGUACCGCGAGUACAUCGGGGGCUUCAAGAAAGUGGAGGACCUGGCCCUGGUUAGUGGGGUGGGCGCCGCCAGGCUGGAGCAGGUGAAGUUCGAGAUCUGCGUGGGCAGCAAAGGCAACUCGGCCCAGCACUCGCCCAGCUCCCUGCGCAAAGACCAGGCCCUCCUCGACCACCUGUCGGCCGCCAAGAUCAACAUCAAUACGGCCACCUCGGCCCAGCUCAUGAGCAUCCGAGGGGUCACCGAGAAGAUUGCCAACAGCAUUGUCGAGUACCGCAAGGAGCACGGACCUUUCAAGAGCAUCGAGGACCUGGUCAAGAUGGACUGCAUCAACUCCUCCUUCUUGGACAGGAUCCGGCACCAGAUCUUCGCCGAGAGGUCCAGGCCCCCCUCCACCAACACCAACGGCGGCCUCAACUUCACCGUCAAGCCUCACCCCAGCCCCACCUCCCUCAGCCUCCAGAGUGAGGACUUGGAUUUCCCGCCUGGCGGGCCCACUCAGAUUAUCUCCACCAGGCCCAGCGUGGAAAUGUUUGGCGGGAUGAGAGACGGGAAGCCUGUCCUGAGGGUGGCCACCUGGAACCUGCAGAGCUGCUCAGUCGAAAAAGCCAACAACCCUGGCGUGCGAGAGGUUGUGUGCAUGACCGUUCUGGAAAACAGCAUCAAGCUUUUGGCUGUGCAGGAGUUGGUUGACAGAGAUGCACUGGAAAAGUUUUGCAUGGAGUUAAAUCAGCCGACUCUGCCAAACAUUCGCAAGUGGAGAGGCCCUCGAGGAUGCUGGAAGGGAGUUACUUCUGAAAAACCCUCAGGGCAGCCCCAAAAGGGUGUGGAAUAUUCGGGCUUUUUGUGGGAUGUGACUGCAGGUGUAGAGUUGAAGGAUGCCACCACCUAUGACAACAUGCACACAAAUGGGAAUGGGAGGCAGGCGUAUCCUCAACCGUAUGUUGCACACUUCAAGGUGGGGAUGAAUGAUCUAACGCUGGUUAACAUUCAUCUGGCCCCCUUGCCCUCCGCGGGAGAAAAUGCUGUGAAAAACUACGAUAGCCACAAAUUAGCAGCCUUUGCACAGACUUUACAGGAAACACUGAAAGGAGAAAAAGAUGUGAUCAUUUUAGGAGACUUCGGUCAAGCUCCAGACAGUAGUGACUGUGACUUGUUGAGGAAGGAGAAGUUCCAUCAUCUGAUCCCUGCCAAUACGUUUACAAACAUCAGCACAAAGAACCCCCAGGGGUCGAAGUCACUGGACAACAUCUGGAUCAGUCGUAGCUUGAAAAAGAUAUUCACUGGUUAUUGGGCGGUGGUGAGAGAAGGUCUUACUAACCCCUGGAUCCCCGACAACUGGUCAUGGGGCGGAGUAGCCUCAAGCCAUUGCCCAGUGUUGGCCGAAUUCUACAUAGAAAGAGACUGGAGCAGAAAGGACACAAUUCGAAAUGGAAACGGGGUGACGGUGGAGCGUAGUGACUCAAAUGUGAAACACGAACGAUGAUGGUGUGCAAAGUCAAACCGUUGUUCCCGUGCCUGGAAAAGAUGGUUGGAAGACCCCUUUGCCCAAGGCCCAACUGUGAACCAGAACUGCCUUUUUUUCUCAUUUACCAAGAAUCAGCUUCUGCUUUUAACAUCUCCUUUUCCCACCUCCCCUGCUCUGUGCCCCUCUGUGAACGUCUGAGGGCUUCUUAUUGCCAGAGAGUGGUUUGUGAUUUUUUUUUUAAUGGAGACAUGGUGGACACUCUUGUGCUUGGAUAACUGCAAAUAAAAUGCACUUUUUAAUACUGUA